AUGCGUGCAAUGCAUGCCUCAUUCGCCAUACUCCUCGCUGCGUUUUCGCAGCCCGCUCUUUCACUAGCUGUAACACCCGCGGCUUUGGCUACUGCUACUCCGACUCCCACACCGACUCUCCGUGUCUCGUCCGCUGACAUUGACGUUGCGCUCGAGGAACGAUCGUGCUCCAACCCAUGCGGCUACUACGCACAACUAUGCUGUACGUCAUCAGAAACAUGUAUAACAAACAGCCUUGGACAGGCCGAAUGCGUUUCCGGAGAAGCUACUACCACAACCUCGGACUCCGGAGCAUGGCAAUAUUACACAACUACGUACACCCAGACAGACCUGCAGACCAUCACCUCCACCUACAGCAGCUAUGUCACCAGCUCCUCCGCCGCAACUUCUACCUGCGCCGUAUCUCUCGGUGAGAGCACAUGUGGCACAACCUGCUGCGGAGUUUCGGAGGUAUGCGAAAAUGGGGUCUGCGUUGCUGGAGCUUCAUCCGAAGAAGCUCCCACAAGCACGGGGACAGCUACACCGGCUCUUCGCCCGACAAGCAGUGGUGCGGAAACCGUGACGGCGACGAGUACAACAGUUCCUUUCAUUGCCCCGGUGUCAACAAACGGCACCUCGGUCAUUUCCGAAGCCCACUCCGGUGGCGGUCUGAGUGGAGGUGCUAUUGCUGGAAUUGUCAUUGGUACGGUUGCGGGUGUCUUCCUUUUGAUUCUGCUAUGUGCUUGUUUGUGCAUUCGUGGAGCUGUCGAUGGCAUUCUCGCAUUUUUUGGUCUGGGCGCUGCUAGAAGACGCAGAGACACCACUGUGGUCGAGGAACGCAUAUCCCAUCAUUCCCAUGGUGGUGCUGCACCACCACCACCGCCACCGCCCGCAAGAAGGACCUGGUUCGGAGCACGCCCGUCUCGCCCAGCGCAAGGUGGUGGCGGUGAUGAGAGAUCUGGGUUUGGAUGGCUAGGAUGGGCUGCCAUCAUUGCCGGAGCGGUUGCAUUGUGUCUCGGGCUGAGGAGGAGGAGACAAGAAGACGAGAAGAGCGAGUACAGCUAUGGUCCUGGAAGCUCUUACUACUAUUACAGCGACUAUUAUAGUGGAACGAAGUAUCAGAUGAUCGAAGGACGCGAAAUACUCGAGUUACCCGAGACUCCAGAAGAUCUGGGUCGCGACGAUGAUGAAAAAGAGGGCCAUGUGGAAAUUUGA